GGGCGACCAGUGUGGGGCAGCAACACGCCACGCGGUCACAGCGAGUAGCGCCGGAAGGAGCGAGUUUUUACCAAGACAACCAGCUAGGAGGGAAAAGAGAGAGAAAACAGAAGAAAGUGACCAAACCAAACGGUUUGUAAAAUGUCCACAGGCCAAAAUCUGAGAGCUUUGGUGGAGGAGCGUCUGACUGCGGCUGCUGAAGACAUAUAUAUGCUGUUUGAAAGAAUCACAGCAGAAUAUGAGGAGGAACUGUGUCGCUGCAAACAGGAGAACGAGAGAAAGCAACGGCUCCUGGACUCGACUCUGAGCGCUCUGAGCCCGAGAGUCGUGCUGACCAGAGCCGGUGUCCACAUGUCCCCUCUGAGUCCUGGUCUCAUUCUGAAAGAGGAAAUCCCAGAGACUCCACAGAUUAAAGAGGAACCAGAAGAAGAGCACAUCAAACAGGAGGAAGAGGAGCUGCACAUGUCUGUCCCUGAGUCCAAUGAUGGCAGUGUGAAGACAGAAGAGUCCUCACUGCCUCAACGAAAAGAAAUUGAUCACAGAGAGGACACACAGGGAGAAGACAUCAGCUCACAGACACAUGUCCACAGAGAGGACACACAGGUAGAGGACAUCAGCACAGAGACACGUGUCCACAGAGAGGACACACAGGUAGAGGACAUCAGCACAGAGACACGUGUCCACAGAGAGGACACACAGGUAGAGGACAUCAGCACAGAGACACGUGUCCACAGAGAGAACACACAGGUAGAGGACAUCAGCACAGAGACACGUGUCCACAGAGAGGACACACAGGUAGAGGACAUCAGCACAGAGACACGUGUCCUACCCGAGACAGAGGGAGAUACGGAGCACUUUUCUGACACCUAUGAAGACUGGCGUGCUCCAAUCGACUACAACCAAGUUCCAACCAAGUCCAAAAGCACCACUGCACCAAACUCAAGUCUGUCCCCCAAAUACAAGUCUGCACCAGAGACCAGAGCCACUGUGGACAGUGGGGACGUGUCAGGAACAGCUGAAGGAGUUGCAGGGAAGAAACACCAGUGCUCUGUUUGUAAAAAGAGAUUUGACUUAAAAACCAGUUUUAAAAGACACUUUAGAGUUCACAGAGGCGAGAGACCUUACAGCUGCUCUGUCUGUGAAAAAGCAUUUACUCAAAAGAGUCACCUCACACGACACAUGACAACACACACAGGAGACAAACCUUACAUCUGUUCUGUCUGUGAGAAAGCAUUUAGUCAAAAGAGUACUCUCACACUACACAUGAGAACACACACAGGAGACAAACCUUACAUCUGUUCUGUCUGUGAGAAAGCAUUUAGUCAAAAGAGUACUCUCACGCUACACAUGAGAACACACACAGGAGACAAACCUUACAGUUGUUCUGUCUGUGAGAAAGCAUUUACUCAAAAGAGGAAACUCACACUACACAUGAGAACACACACAGGAGACAAACCUUACAGCUGCUCUGUCUGUGAGAAAGCAUUUUCUAAAAAGAGUACUCUCAAAGACCACAUGAGAAUACACACCGGAGACAAACCUCACAGCUGCUCUGUCUGUGAGAAAGCAUAUACUAAAAAGAGUCAUCUCACCCGACACAUGAGAACACACACCGGAGACAAACCUUACAGCUGCUCUGUCUGUAAGAAAGCAUUUACUCAAAGGAGGAAACUCACACUACACAUGAGAACACACACAGAAGACAAACCUUACGGGUGUUCUGUCUGUAAUAAACGAUUUACCCAGAGCAAAGUUCUGAUAAAACAUAUGAGAAGUCACACAGGAGAGAAGUAACUUCAACAGAGCGUGACAGAAGGUUUUGGGCUAUGUUUGUGUUACAACAAAAGCCUGUUUAAAAUGAAGAUGAGAUUGUGUAUUGUUAUAGUUAUAAUGUUGUAAUAAAUAGAUACAUAUUUUUGCUUA